UUCAUCCACACACUGACAUCCAUCCUAAAAAUGUCUCCCGUUUCAGACUCCACCAGCACGACUCUUCCAAGCCCACAGGAGCCCGAGGAGAAGAUUUACCAUCCACCCGACGGCAUUUUCCUUGACGCACACGUGCCUGACUUUGAUGCAUAUCUGGCUUUAUAUAAAAAGUCUGUUGAAGAGCCUGAAGAGUUCUGGGGUGAUGUUGCUCAGGAGUUUUUCUGGAAGAAGCCUCCGUCGGGUCAGAUGUUGCAGUAUAACUUUGACAUCACCAAGGGGAAUGUUUUCAUCAAGUUCAUGGACGGAGCAAAAACCAACAUUUGCUACAACGUCCUCGACCGAAAUGUGCACGAGAGAAACCUGGGAGACAAAGUGGCGUAUUACUGGGAGGGAAACUCACCUGAUCAUCAUCUGACCAUCACCUACAACCAGCUGUUGAGAAACGUGUGCCGAUGUGCCAACGCUUUAAAGCUGUUGGGGGUGAAGAAGGGGGACAGAGUCGCCAUUUAUUUACCCAUGAUUCCAGAGCUGGUUUACACCAUGCUGGCCUGCGCGAGAAUCGGGGCUGUUCACUCUAUAGUGUUUGCAGGUUUCUCAUCCGAGUCUCUGUGUGAAAGGAUCAUGGAUGCUCAGUGCAACAUCCUGGUCACAGCAGAUGGUGUUUACAGAGGUGACAAGCUGAUCAACCUGAAGAAGAUAGCGUCUGAAGCUCUGGAUCGCUGUAAGGAGAGCUCGGCCUCGUCUGUUCAGAAGUGUGUUGUGGUCAAACAUCAUGCCUUCAUAACCAACAGCGACGCUUCCAGCAAUCUACAGACUCCAUGGGAUGAAUUGUGUGAUAUCUGGUGGGAUGACCUGAUGGACGGAGUGUCGGAUGAGUGUGAACCAGAGUGGAUGGACUCUGAAGAUCCUCUUUUCAUACUUUACACCAGUGGCUCCACUGGAAAACCCAAGGGGGUGGUCCACACCGUCACAGGCUACAUGCUCUACACAUCACUGACCUUCAAAUAUGUUUUCGAUUAUCACCAUGACGACGUUUACUGGUGCACUGCAGACAUUGGCUGGAUCACAGGCCACUCCUACAUCACGUACGGCCCGCUGGCCAAUGGCGCGACCAGUGUGCUCUUUGAAGGUGUGCCGGUCUAUCCUCAUGUGGGCAGACUCUGGGAGAUCAUUGAGAAGUAUGGAGUCUCUAAGUUCUACACGGCGCCCACUGCUAUAAGACUGUUGAUGAAAUAUGGGAAAGAACCAUUACAAAGGUAUGAUCUGUCCAGUUUGCGUGUUUUGGGAACGGUUGGUGAACCCAUUAACCCAGAGGCUUGGCUUUGGUAUUAUAAAGUUGUGGGUCAGCAGCGCUGUCCAGUUAUCGACACCUUCUGGCAAACAGAAACGGGUGGUCAUGUUCUGACUCCUCUACCGGCUGCUACACCACUGAAACCUGGAUCUGCUACGUGCCCAUUUUUUGGAGUGCAGCCUGCCAUUCUCAAUGAACAUGGAGAAGAAUUAGAGGGCGAAGCGGAGGGAUACCUGGUUUUCCGGAAGCCCUGGCCGGGAAUCAUGAGGGGUGUUUUUGGGAAUCAGGAGCGUUUCGAGAGCACGUACUUCAGAAAAUUCCCAGGAUUCUACGUGACAGGAGAUGGCUGCAGACGGGACAAGGACGGAUAUUACUGGAUCACCGGCCGGAUCGAUGACAUGCUGAAUGUUUCUGGUCAUUUGUUGAGCACAGCAGAGGUGGAGUCUGCUCUGUCUGAACACCCGUCGGUGGCUGAAGCUGCAGUGGUCAGUCGUCCGCAUGCAGUCAAAGGAGAGUGUCUGUACUGCUUUAUCACUCUGAAAGACCAGCAAGAGUUCAACCGCACGCUGAUGGACGAACUUAAGAGGAAAGUGAGGGAGAAGAUUGGACCAAUCGCCACCCCAGAUUUCAUCCAGAACGCUCCAGGGCUUCCCAAAACACGUUCAGGUAAGAUCAUGCGACGAGUUCUACGACAGAUCGCACGCAAUGAAAAAGAGCUGGGUGACCUGUCCACACUGGCGGACCCUAAAGUCGUGGAGGUGCUGUUCAGCCAGAGAUGUGAAGCAGCAGCAUGAAGACUGCAUGUUAAAGACUUUUUUGGGUUUUACACAUAUUAAAAAUCUGCUAUGCAUGGAUAUAUUGCCAUAUAUCAAAUUUCUAUAUGGGUAAAUUGGGGUUUAACACCUCUGCACAAAAUUCAGGUUAAGCAAAAAACAAAUAUAAAAAUCGCAAAAUCAAGCAACUAAUAGCUGUUAUUAGAAUACAUUGACUGAAUGUCCCCAUACUAUCAGGUGAUGCAUUAUGUAAAUAUUUGUGUGUGAUCCCAGUGGGCACCUUUUUAAAAGGACGUCAAAAACUCCCAUCAAAAAUGCGAAUUGAUUUGAUGUCCACACAUUAAUGCUCUUUUGACUACCAAUAUAAUGACACAAAAGAAUUAUAAUAUAAGUUUAUGUCCCAAGAGCCAGUUUCCGUGUCCGACGAUCGUGUUGUCAUAGUCCUAACCUUCAACAACCAGCCUUUCCAUAAUGUACUCGCCCCAUACGGCUCCCUCUGCAGCUGGUGGGCCUGCAGGAGGAUGGUCCCACAUCGAUUCUUCGGGGUUCCUUGGGAUAGAACCCGGCCACCAGGCGCUCGCAUACGAGCCCUAACCCCUGGCCAGGCUCAAGGGUGGGGCCCUGGCUGCGCCAUACCGGGCGACAUGACGGUCCUCGAUCUUUUUGCACUCAUGAAGGGUUUUUAAACCGCACUUGGUCUAACUUGUCACCUAAGACCUUUUUGCCUUAGGAGACCCUACCAGGGGCAUUAGGGGCAAAGCUCUUGAUUUACCGAACAAUCUAGAUUCAUACUCUCACCUAUGGUCAUGAGCUUUGGGUCAUGACUGAAAGGACGAUCUUGAAUACAAGCAGCCGAAAUGAGUUUCCUUCGCAGGGUGGCAGGAAGCACCCUUAUACAUAGGGUGAGGAGCUCUAUCACCCGGGAGGAGCUCUGAGUAGAGCUGCUGCUCCUCCACAUCGAGAGAAACCAGCUGCGGUGGCUCGAGCAUCUGUUUCGAAUGCCUCCUGGACAUCUACCUAUGAAGGUGUUCGAGGCAUGUCCCACCGGGAGGAGGCCUCCGGGAAGAUCCAGGCUGAAGAGACUGUCUCUCGGCUGGCCUGGGAACGUCUCUGGGUCCCUCUGAAAGUGCUAGAGGUAGUGUUUGGGGAGAGGGAAGUCUGGGAUUCUCUCCUGAGACUGCUGCCCCCGAAAUGAAUGACUGAAUAAAAAGUCUGAAAUCUUUAAUUACAUUUACAUUUAGUCAUUUAGCAGACCUUUUUAUCCAAAGCGACUUACAAAUGAGGACAAGGAAGCAAUUUACACAACAAUAAGAGCAGCAGUGAAUAAGUGCUAUAGACAAGUUUCAGGUGUGUUAAGUCUAAGAAGCAAAGCAUUAGUAAUGUGUUUUUUUUUUUUGAGAGAGAGAGAGAGAGAGAGAGUACAGUUAGUGGUAUAGCCAGAGAGGCAGUUACAGAUUAGGAAGGAAAGUGGAGACUAAAUAGUUGAGUUUUUAGUCGUUUCUUGAAGACAGCAAGUGACUCUGCUGUUCUGAUGUAGUUAGGGAGUUCAUUCCACCAACUGGGCAGAUUGAAUGCGAGAGUUCGGGAAAAAGAUUUCUUCCCUCUUAGGGAUGGAACCACGAGGCGACGUUCAUUCACAGAACACAAGUUUCUGGAGGGCACAUAAAUCUGCAGAAGUGAGAGCAGAUACGAAGCAGCAAAGCCAGAGGUCACUUUGUAAGCAAACAUCAGAGCUUUGAAUUUGAUGCGAGCAGCAACUGGCAGCCAGUGCAAACGGGUGAGUAGCGGAGUGACAUGUGCUCUUUUGGGUUCAUCAAAGACCAAAUUGACACUAGAUGUUGUAUCCCAACAAUACAUGUAAAAAACCUAAACAAUCAAAUUAAAAUGUGGGCAUCAAAACACAUCAAAAAUUGAUUAAAGGUCAGUCCUAUAAUUGAUUUUUAAUGAGUUUUUUUCUAUCAAUAUUAUGUUGUUAUUUACAUCAAGGUAGUCAACUGACAUCAAAUCGAUUGCAUUUUAUACAUUGUUAUGUCAUUUUGACAUCAAGGUGCCCACUGAUAUGUUCAGCAGUACUAUGAAAAGGUAUUUGGCAUAAAUCUGAAUUAUUUCACAUCACUAAACAAUGUUAUAUUACAUGAGGGGAACGCAAAAGCACUUUAUCAUUUUAUUUCGGGAGAAAUAAAGAGGUCAGUAAUUUGGGACUUUUAGCUUUGGAGCUCUGCGCUGGAGAUGAUUGCAACUAGUACUGCUGAGGUUAUGUUUAUUGUAAAUUUUUGUCAUUUCUCAAUCAUUUUUAUUAAAUGGUGGGCAGCAGGGUGGCUUAGUGGUUAGCACUGACGCCGCACAGCAAGAAGGUCACUGGUUCGAGUCCUGGCUGGGUCAGUUGGCAUUUCUGUGUGGAGUUUGCAUGUUCUCCCUGUAUUUCACAGUUCAAACCCAUGCGCUAUAGGUGAAUAGACUAAAUUGGCCAUAGUGUAUGUGUGCAUAUCUGAAUGUGAGAGUGUAUGGGUGUUUCCCAGUACUGGAAUAGUUUGCGGUUCAUUCCGCUGUGGCGACCCCUGAUAAAUAAGGGAAUAAGCUGAAGUGAAUCAAUUAAUUUGUAUUAAAUAUGAAUGCACAUGGCGAAGCAGUGGCGCAGUAGGUAGUGCUGUCGUCUCACAGCAAGAAGGUCGCUGGUUCGAGCUUGGGCUGGGUCAGUUGGCGCUUCUGUGUGGAGUUUGCAUGUUCUCCCUGCGUUCGCGUGGGUUUCCUCCGGGUGCUUCAGUUUCCCCCACAGUCCAAAGACAUGCGGUUCAGGUGAAUUGGGUAGGCUAAAUUGUCCGUAGUGUGUGUGUGAAUAAGUGUGUAUGGGUUUCCCAGUGAUGGGUUGCAGCUGAAAGGGGCAUCCGCUGCAUGAAACAAAUGCUGGAUAAGUUGGCGGUUCAUUCCGCUGUGGCGACCCCAGAUUAAUAAAGGGACUAAGCCGAAAAGAAAAUGAAUGAAUGCACAUGAUACAUGGAAUACAUACUUUUUCAUGGCAUAUUUUCCUAGAAUAAUAAGCUCUCAUGAGCCAGUUAAUGUUACUUUAAUAGGCAGAGUCGAUGUAGUUUAUUAAUAAUAUCUGCUCAUUUUUCUGUUUGUUUUAUGAAACUGUAUAUCAGAUAAGGUCUCGUUUAUUUGCAUUGAUUGACAGAUAUUCAUGUUGACAUCUGAAUUAUACACAUGAAUAAAAAUAUAUAUUUAUGACUAUA